GCCGGACCAGAGCGGCGAUGCAAUGGCCCGUGGCCGUGACGCAGGGGUUCCGACGAGAGGCGUUGCGAGGUUUGCGCGGGAAGGCUGGCGGGAGAUCGCCGGUCUCUCCGCUGCCGUCGGAACCCAGCAGCGCCAUGAUGUGUGCCGUGUUGUGCUAACUGUGCGAUCGAGGUCUGCGCGACGUAUAUGUCUCGCUGUGCCACCGAUUAUCCAUCCAUUGUGGGUAUAAGUGUCACGAGCUGCAACAACCACGACGUCCAACUCGGGACGUCGGUACCAACAAUUGACGCCCGUGGUUACGCGCAACGUUUUGAGGCCAGAGGAGGAGGAAGAAAAAGGAGACAGCGCGCGGCGGUUGCAUCAUCGGGAGCGCCCCGUCUCACGAGAAGGAACGACACGCGCAGUGCUCGCACAGGGCCCACACAUAUGUGCGGCAUCACAGAGUGCAUCGACUGGCUUCCCGUGGUGGGCGGCUGGCUGGUGAAGGCGUGGUGCUACUACGCCUACGUGAUCGUGUUCUGCGGCUCCGUGGUGAACGACGACGCGGUGCGGUUGGCCUUCAUCGUGGGCUUCCACGUGCUGCUGGCGCUGCUGCUGUGGUCCGAGCUGGCCACCAUCGUCACCCCCGCGCCGUCCGUGCCUGCCUACUUCACCCUGAGCGAGCUGGACCUGCAGCUGCUGCAGGAGGCGCGCACCGAGGAGCAGCGCAAUGGUUUCCUCGAGAUCCUGGGCCGCCAGCGCGGCGUCCUCACCCGGGGUCUGGACGGCGCCGUGCGCUACUGCGAGGUGUGCCGACGCAUCAAGCCCGACCGGGCGCACCACUGCUCCGUGUGCCGGCGCUGCGUGCUCAAGAUGGACCACCACUGCCCGUGGUUCAACAACUGCGUCUGCUUCAGCACCUACAAGGCGUUCCUGCUGACCAACCUGUACGUCAUCCUGUUGUGCACGUACGCGCUGUUCACGGCCGCAAGCCACUUCCACGAGGUGCCCUGGAACCACUGGCGCGUCACUGGGCCCGCCGUACAGGUCACCACCAUGGCUAUCGUGGCGGUAGCCUUCUCAGUGUCCGUCGGCUCCUUCUUCCACUUCCACGUCACGCUGGUGGCGCACAACCGGACCACGCUGGAGUCGCUGCGCAGCCCGCGGUUCGUGGACAAAGGCGACACGUUCGACCUCGGCUGCAGCAACAACUUUGUCGAGGUGUUCGGCCGCAGCUGGCUCCUGUGGCUGUUCCCCGUAUUCACGAGCCUGGGCGACGGCUCGCGCUUCCCCACCAAGCUGCGCCCGCACAACCGCGAGUACUUCCGGCCCGGCGCCGUUUAAAGUGCGGCCUCUUCUGCGCCCCGUGCACGCUGACACGCAAAGUGCCUCGGUGAAGCCAAAGCCCUGCCUGCGAAACCUAUACCGCCGGCGUGUCGUGGGUGCAGUUGGGAGGAUUCGUUGCCGCGUGCUUUCUUGACUGUGCGCACGUCAACUUCGCUGGAACUGAGCAACCUCUUACGUCACAUCAAACUCCUCUAAAUAUCGUACCGUGAAUUGCUUAUGUCGUGCCCGUUGUAUGAAUAAUAAACCAAGAUAAGCAUGCUCGUAACUAUAACCGUUCUGCAAUUACAUAAGAAUAUAUUGUGUGCCCUCUUUAAUAUGUCCCCGAGUAAUAUAUACUUUAUGUAACUUUCCAAGAACACAAACAUUUUCGGGACUUUCGUUUUCUUAGGUGCCUCGAACGUAUUCAUGCCGGUCUGUGUAUUUGACAAGCCAAACCUGAAGCAAGAAUACAAAAGAAAAAGGUGUACACGGUAUUCAGUAAUGAAGCUUAUGGAGACGUGGCAUCUGGCAGCUUGUUCAGACGUUGUCU